AUGCCUCAGCUCAGUAGUGGUGGAGGAGAUGAUCAAGGAGCAAACGAUGAAAUGAUAUCCUUCAAGGAUGAAGGCGAACAAGAUGAGAAAAUUCAAGAAAACGCUUUCACAGAAAGGGAUUUAGCUGACCUCAAGUCGUCUCUGGUGAAUGAAUCGGAGACAAAUCAAAGUCCGAACGCAGCGGUAGGUUACAGAGAGAGAGAGAGAGUUCUUAUGUUAAGCGCUGUUGGUAAGAUUGAAAAGGUUCUUUGUAUGAAACUUUUGCAUCUUGUUCAAAGUAAUUCUCAGGUUACUAAUCUAUGUUUACUGUUGCUUUGGACACUCAGGCGGUCAGACGGGGUCAGCAAAACGAACAUAGAGGUUAUCAAGAGAAACACCGGGAGCAUCUCGACAGCGGUAAGAACUAAGAACGAGACAGUAGCUGAAUUAGGCUAAUUGUAUCUCAGUGAAACAAGUUGUCUGUGAUUUCUGACAAUACUGUGCUGUUGCAUCAUAGACUGACUAUAAAAGGAAGGUGUUGCCUUCCCUGGGCUACAUAGGUUAUACCAUGGUAAUAAGGGUUCAGGUAGCUUCGUUCUGAAAGACCUAAAUAAAAUCUAAAUAAAAACAUGCUUUAACUUAACAUUAGGUUUAUUUAUUGUCCCUAUGGGGCCAAAUCUGCCAAAAACACAAAUGUUUGCUUGCUGUGCUGAACCUCAAAUUUCAGGGCAGCUAAAAGUUAUUUAAAGUUAGAAAUGUUCAUUAACAAUGUUUGAAUAUGGCAAGUAACUCACAAAACUUUAUCCACUUAUGCAUUCAACUGAAAGGUUGAAAACAAGCCAUGUGGAUCAAUGACCCUCUGUUUGGACAGGCUGUAAAGAUGCAUUGCACAUUUUAAGUUACCAUCAACACUCUAGACUAGAGAGAUCAGUGGCUAGCCAUUGUAGUGGGUGACAAACAACAAAGGAUUGGGGUUUGCCUGUGUUUUUGUGAUGCAAGAUUACGGCUGUCACUUUGUCUCACAAAUAUGUGACAGUAGUAAAACAAGUCUGUAACAUAGAAUCUCUCGAAGAGCUCUAUCAUUAUUUGUCGAAAAUACUUUUUCUAAUAGUAAAAAAACUGCUUAUUAUAACCUUUAUAACUACAAUAGUUAAACAAAAAGCAAAAACAAAUAUGAAUGAUUCUUUGAAGGUAAAUUAAUAUCAGAAAACAUCUAAUCUCACAUCUUUGUCUUUCUCCACAGUGUCCAAACAUCAAGAUGGAGGAAUGUACAAAACACCGUAUCCAGGGUACCCGUUUCUCAUGCUGCCCGACCCAUACAUCCCCAAUGGAUCAGUGUCACCAUCUGUAAGUCCACAUCACUUUACCUUCUACAUCCCAAUGUAG